UAAUCUAAGUACCAGUUUCCGUCAGUACAUCAACCAUCAAAAAUGUUAAAGUCAAUGAUUAUUGUUUUUUGUUUGUGUGCACUGUUUUCAACCACCCUAGGAUACGUCAACUACGACGAUUAUAAUGUUUAUAGAAUUUAUCUAGACAACGAAAAGAAAAUUGAUGCCUAUAGCGAGAUAGAAGACCUACUCAAAAAUUUGAACGUUUUUGGAGAGAAUGGUCUUCAAAAAUCCGUAGACGUAAUGGUGGGUCCUACUGAUCAAAAACAAUUCCUGAAUCUGCUGGAGGCUAACAAAAUAGAUCACCAGAUUUUUAUUGAAAAUGUCGGAAAUUUGAUUGAAGACCCAGUUCGUUAUUCCACAAGAAGUGGCGAGUCCUUUAACUGGACGACUUAUCACAAUUACGAUGUGAUAAACUCUUGGCUUGAUUCUUUGGCAGUCGCGUAUCCAGGAGUUGUAACAGUUUUCACAGCGGGUUACUCUCACUUAGGGGCUGAAAUAAAAGCAGUUAGAGUUGCCUUUAAUUCGUCAGCAACAAAGGUAGCCGUAAUUGAAGGAGGCGUGCACGCAAGGGAGUGGAUUGGUCCAGCGACAGUGACGUACAUAUUAAACGAAUUUUUGACCAGUAACGACUCGUCCAUAAGGGCAACCGCUGAAAGUCUCAUUUGGUACUUCCUUCCCAUGUGCAAUCCCGACGGUUACAACAGGACCUUCACUGUAGACAGAAUGCAUCGGAAAAACGUGCAAGUGGUUGAGGGCUCAAAUUGUACCGGAUACUCUGGGGGUAAUGGAAUUGGUACAGAUCUAAACAGAAACUUUGGAUUUAAUUGGAUGAGUGGUGGUUCCUCGUCUAAUCCUUGCUCUGUAACCUACGCAGGACCUGCGGCCUUCAGCUCUCCGGAAUCUAGAGCCUUGAGAAAUGUUGUGGAUCAAGUUGCCGAUGACCUAGUCCUAUUUUUAAGCUUCCAUUCUUACUCUCAGCUCAUCCUGUUACCUUACGGUCAUACUGCCUCACCGUUAGACAAUUAUUACGAACAGUACUCUGUUGCAAGAAUGGCUGCCGACGCUUUGGAAGCUUACAACGGUACGAGAUACACCGUUGGAAAUACAGCUGAAAUACUUUAUAUUGCAUCUGGUUCAAGCACGGAUUGGGUCAAAGGAACAUAUGGGCCAAGGAUAGUCUACUGUUUCGAACUCAGAGAUAGUGGUCAAUAUGGAUUUUUGCUACCUGCCGAUCAAAUAAUCGAUACAAGCGAAGAAACCAUUUUGUCUCUUGUUACUCUGGUGGAACAAAUGUUUAGAUUAGACACAUUAGCACCUGCCAAUCCUAGUAACGGAACUACAGGGUCUGAUGCUACUAAAAAUAGUUAUACCAUUUCUUUAACAACUGCUUGUUCAUUACUUAUUUAUCUUGUAAGAAAUUAUCUUGUCAGUUAGAAAACUAUCACCUCAUGUAUUAAAUGAAAUCUUCAAACUAUUAUUAAAUGUUUAGAAUAAACUGUAA